AUGUAUCACAAAAAGUCUCUGGUUUCCUUCUUUCCCAUCCUGAUCCACCUGGCUCGCUUCAUCCUGUAUACCUCGGCCACAACAUCCCCUGCACAAUGGGAAUUGAUCUCCCUCGCCUCGCGGAAAAACGCCAACUCUACCAGCUCCCUCGAAUUCAAUAUCAAGCAGGAUGAUUACACAACAAGCUGUUCAACGGUCACCUGGACGCCCACUGGGUAUCCAAGAGCGUGGAAUAAGUGCCACAAUGAGAUGCUUAGCUCAACGCCACCAUCAAUAACCAUCACAAGGACUCCACUCUCCCUCAACUCAGCCGAUACCUAUGCGUAUCCUAACUUCCACUGCGAAAGUACCGCAGACUACGGCUUAGAAUGCCUUCUACUCUCCUCCUCCACAGCCAUCGAUCUCAAACCAAGCAUCUCACAAUUCAUACCUGCUCCCUUAAAAAUAUACUAUACCCUUAUCCGCUCCUCCGGUUCCACUGGCGUCCAGGGGGCCUGCAUAUCAGCCUACACAUUCUACAUCCUCAACCCUUCCGUGGCAACUCUUGGUCCCCUGACUCUCGGCCACGCAGCAGAUCGACAAUGGCGUACUCAAUGCACCACAUCAUGGGACUGCGAUGGUACUGAUCCAUCAACAGAAGGCACAUGGGCCUCAUGCGCAGCACCGGCUUUCCAAUUCAAGAAGAGCCUUGCAUACGGUGGAAAUCAAUUGACCGACUUCGUGCUUAGCGUGGAGCAUUCAUUCCCUUUAAUAAUGGCGAGUUCUAUCCGAGGAGAUUCUACACCAGAUUUGAAAUUUCAGAAUCCCGAUGAGGCGGAGGGUUUGCAAGUUAUUUUGAAGGGGAAUGAUACGCUUUGGAAGAAUGGGACGAGCUUGAUCUCUCUCCAAAGCGGCGGAAUUGAUCAGACUGGGGAUUGUGAUACGGGAUGUUCGUUUAAUGGCGUCGUGGCAAAUGUGGAUGUUGUUCAGGUCGAGAUCGUCUAA